AUGGUUCAUAGAAGUGUCCAAAUUGGAGAUCUUGCGUGUAGUAGUUGCGGUUUGGAAGAAGAGGACUCGGAUCACAUUUUGUUUUUAUGCAUGUGGGCGAAAGCAAUCUGGUUGAAUGUUUGGAAUUGGUUAAAUUUAACCGGGCCCGACCCGUCGUCUAUAGAAGCUAAAGCUAUUCAUGCGGUUAAAUCUCUUAAUGGCUCGAAUCAGUGGAAACAAUUGGUUGAAGUUGUACUGUUUUCUACGAUGAGGAAAAUUUGGAAAUAUAGAAAUUCUAAGAUUUUUGAAGGGAGAUGGGAGGCGGUCCCCAAAAUGUUAGACGGAAUUAAAGAAGAUUCUUGUAUGGAUUAA